AUGUCAAGCACCAGCUCAGGGCCCAGGACUGGCAAGCUGAUAUUCGCCCCGGGCGCGCCACCUUCCGACCCCAGCGACGAACCAAAGCCCUCACAGGCGGCGCAGUUUACACAAUCCAAGCUCACGCGCUCUCAGCUGGAUGCCAACCCCGUCGUUCAGUUCCACAAAUGGUUCACCCACCCGUCACUCGCACAAACCGUCCCUGAAACCGUCACCCUCAGUACUGCAAGUUUACCCUUUGGCCGGGUCUCUUCUCGCAUGGUAUACCUCAAAGAACUCGACAGCAAGGGCUUCGUCAUUUACUCCAACUUCGGCACGUCUCGAAAGUCAAAGGACCUUGCAAGCAACAAGUUCGCGAGCCUUUGCUUCUGGUGGAAGAUCAUGGAGAGGCAGGUCCGCGUCGAUGGGGUGGCCGAAAGGUUGAGUGAUGAGGAGAGCCAGGUUUACUUUGACACGAGGGCGAGGGGGAGCAGAAUUGGAGCCUGGGCCAGUCAGCAGACGAGUGUGCUGGAGCCGGCCAAGAAGACAGAGGGAAGCCAGACAGGUGAAGGAGAAGCAGAGGAUGACGGGAGAGCGGCGCUUGAGAGUCGUGUCAGGGAUAUAGAAGCACGCUUUCAGGGACAGGACCAUAUCCCUGUGCCGCCCUUCUGGGGUGGUUUGAGAAUCAUACCCGAGACAAUUGAGUUUUGGCAAGGGAGGGAAAGCAGAUUGCAUGAUCGUUUUGUGUACACCAGGAUAGAAGGAGAUGUUGGGCAAGGGGGGAAAACGAAGUGGAAAAUUGAGAGGUUGAGCCCGUAA